ACUGUUUAUUGCUUACAGCUAUUUAUCAACAAUGAGUUUGUCGACGCCGUGUCUGGUAAGAAGUUUCCAACUAUCAAUCCUGCCACUGGUAAGCUGAUAGCCGAAGUUGCCGAGGGCGAUAAGGCUGAUGUGGACUUGGCCGUGGCUGCUGCAAAAAAAGCAUUCCAUAGAAACUCCGAAUGGCGCAAACUGAGUCCAUUGCAACGCACAGAACUUAUCAACAAGCUCUGCAGUCUCAUGGACCGCGAUAAAAAUGUGCUGGCCAGCCUUGAAACGCAAGACAAUGGCAAGCCAUAUGCAGAGGCCCUCUUCGAUGUGGAAGUCUCUAUUAUGACACUGAAGUACUAUGCCGGCUGGACUGAUAAGUAUUUCGGUGAUACCAUACCCGCUGAUGGCUUUGUGGCAAUGACACGCAAAGAACCAGUAGGUGUGGUCGGUCAAAUCAUUCCGUGGAAUUAUCCGCUGCUCAUGUUGGCUUGGAAAUGGGGGCCAGCGCUCGCUGUUGGUUGUACGAUUGUUAUGAAGCCAGCUGAGCAGACGCCGAUUACCGCAUUGCACUUGGCUGCCUUAACAAAGGAAGCUGGUUUUCCUGCGGGCGUUAUUAACAUCAUCACCGGCUAUGGUCCGACAGCGGGUGCGGCGAUCUCAAGCCAUCGCGAUAUACAGAAGGUCGCAUUUACUGGUUCCGUAGAAAUUGGCCGGAUUAUCAUGCAGUCUGCUGCUAAAUCGAAUUUGAAGCGCGUAUCGCUAGAGUUGGGUGGCAAGAGUCCAGUUGUCGUGUUUGAAGAUGCUGACGUUGACUUGGCGGUAGACAUCACACACGAAGCGCUUUUCUCCAAUCAUGGUCAGAGUUGUUGCGCUGGUAGUCGCACCUAUGUGCAUGAGAAGAUCUACGAUAAGUUUGUUGCUAAAGCUACUGCUGCGGCCAAAGCACGCAAGGUUGGCAAUCCUUUCGAUGAAUCCGUAAAGCAGGGUCCCCAAAUCGAUGAAGAAAUGUUGAAUAAAGUUAUGGGUUAUAUUGAAAGUGGCAAGCAACAGGGUGCCAAGCUUCAAUGCGGUGGCAAGCGAAUCGGCAAUGUGGGCUACUUCAUCGAGCCGACGGUGUUCUCUGAUGUCACUGAUAACAUGAAAAUUGCUCAGGAGGAGAUUUUCGGACCAGUAAUGUCUAUAUUCAAAUUUAGUAGCUUCGAUGAGAUCAUUGAGCGUGCCAACAACGUUGAGUACGGCUUGGCCGCUGGUGUUAUUACCAAUGACAUCAACAAGGCAAUGAAAUAUGCCAACAGCGUAGAUGCCGGCUCUAUUUGGAUCAACUGUUAUGACGCAGUGCUGCCACAAACACCCUUUGGCGGCUACAAGCAUUCCGGUAUCGGACGUGAGUUGGGUAAAGAUGGAUUGGAUAAUUAUCUAGAGACUAAAACUAUUACCAUGAAAUUGAACUAAGCCACUUCCAUAUAAAAAACAAUUUCACACAAUUUGAAUAAUAUUUUUUAUACACACAUUUAUGUAUAUAUUUUACUGUUAUCAGCUGUAAUAUGUAAUACACGCACACAGUGGUUAAAAAAAAAAAAAGUUAAAAAAUAUACAUAUAAAAAUUAAUAAAUAUUUACUUAAAAUAAGAGCAGUGAAUGCAAACACACGUA